GUCGCAGCACGCGGCGGCCACGAUCUCGGCUCGUCCAAAUGUCGAGAUCGUGGCGUCGUCGUCGUCGACGCCGUCGUCGAGGACGACGCCAGUGGCGGUACAACGCGGCCGCGCCAACGACGACGACGAACACGCCGAACCGGUUUCGUAGCUAGUUUUGUGCGUGUAUAUGUGUAUGUAUGUCGCUUCACGCCACUUCCAUACACACACACACCCGUUAGCUGCUGCUGCUGCUGCUGCUGCUUCUGCCUAUGGGGUGAAGAUCAUCAACGUCGAGAUCGGGGAACGGCGCUACUCUUGGGCAAUGUCUUUUCACGCAAACACCUAGAAUGGCAUAGGAAGAGAAGAUUUUCCUCAUGUUUAAGGGAAGCGCCUUCCAACUAUGGGACGUACCUUAAUAAAACCGGAGGGUUCUGA